UCCCUCUCUCUUUCGCUCUCCAUCGUCAGCAGCAUGCAGGGAGCGGUAAAUCCCACUCUAGAAAAGGGCCAUUGUUUCUCGGGAUUGAAUACUCGUCUCAUCAGUGGGGUUUUACAACCACAAAGCUCAGUGUUUGUAGUUUUCACUAGCAGUCCGGAAAUGAAAGCUGCUUCACUCUGGAUUCGCAGAAGUGCUUCUUGCAAAUGAGAAAGUGGCUGUGAUCUGAAGAGAGACACUUCCCCUGGGGUUACCGGCAUGAUGUGUGCUUUAACUGGUAAUACACCAGACGUCACACGGGACUUUCUUCUGCCGGGUUAAUUCCAGCUUCAAAGUCGCUUCAGCUGCAAUGCCAAGGCUGAUGGUCGCACACAUCGUCUAAUCGACUCAGUCUGUCUCAAGUCGCUCGUUUCGUGUGCACUUUGAUCCCUGUGACACCGUGACAAUCAGGUGCCUGUGAAAUGGCUCCAACCUCAGCUUAAAGGCAGUAAGAUGUUUGAUGGGCUGAAUAGUCACUGUGUAGGUCCUGGAUUGAACAUGGCUUGUUGAAAACUGUUCAGACCCAUUUUAUUUUAUACGACUCUUUGCUCUUCAGCUUUGAUGGAAUUACUGUUUAAGAGUGACCUACUGAAGAAGGAGGUGCUCUUUAGGUGGCGACGGACAAAGUAGCCGGCAAGCUGAGUUCGACUCUUUCAUGGGUGAAGAACUCAGUGUCGCACACGGUCAGUCAGAUGGCUAGCCAGGUGGCCGCUCCGUCCUCACUGCACACGGUGGUGGGAUCGUCCACCAUCUCCCUGUCCUCGCCAGGCCUCUCUCCCUCAACUCCUUCCUCCACCCAGCUGAGCCCGGAUGAAGUGGAGCUACUCGCCAAGCUUGAGGAGCAGAACAGGUUGUUGGAGACGGACAGUAAAUCCCUGCGCUCGGUGAACGGCUCUCGGAGGAACAGCGGCUCCUCGCUGGUGUCCAGCUCCUCUGCCUCUUCCAACCUCUCGCACCUGGAGGAGGACACGUGGAUCUUAUGGGGGCGCAUCGUCAACGAGUGGGAGGAGGUGCGCAAGAAAAAGGAGAAACAGCUGAAGGAACUGGUCAGGAAGGGCAUCCCGCAUCACUUCCGGGCGAUAGUGUGGCAGCUUCUCUGUAGUGCCCAGAAUCUACCCAUAAAGGACCAAUACUCAGAGCUGCUGAAGAUGACGUCACCCUGCGAGAAGCUGAUCCGCAGAGACAUCGCCCGCACAUACCCCGAGCACGAGUUCUUCAAAGAAAAGGACAGCCUGGGCCAGGAGGUGCUCUUUAACGUCAUGAAGGCCUACUCACUGGUGGACAGGGAAGUGGGAUACUGCCAGGGGAGUGCGUUCAUCGUCGGCUUGCUGCUCAUGCAGAUGCCAGAAGAGGAGGCAUUCUGUGUGUUUGUAAAGCUCAUGCAGGAUUACCGUCUGAGGGAACUGUUCAAACCCAGCAUGGCGGAAUUGGGUCUCUGCAUGUACCAGUUUGAAUAUAUGAUUCAGGAGCAGCUGCCUGAGCUGCACAUUCAUUUCCAGGCCCAGAGUUUCCACACCUCCAUGUACGCGUCAUCCUGGUUCCUCACCAUCUUUCUCACCUCCUUUCCUCUCCCCGUCGCUACAAGGAUUUUCGAUAUAUUUAUGUGUGAGGGUUUGGAGAUAGUGUUCCGUGUCGGUCUGGCCAUCCUUCAGAUGAAUCAAGCAGAGCUCAUCCAGUUGGACAUGGAGGGCAUGUUACAGUACUUUCAGAAAGUCAUCCCUCAUCAAUUGGACAGCGGACCAGACAAAGUGAUCCAGGUCGCCUAUCAAGUCAAGUACAAUGCCAAGAAGAUGAAAAAGUUAGAGAAGGAGUACACUACUAUAAAAACCAAGGAAAUGGAGGAACAGGUGGAGAUAAAGAGACUUCGGACCGAGAACAGGCUGCUGAAGCAGAGGAUUGACACUCUGGAGAAAGAAAGUGCUUCCUUGGCAGAUAGAUUGAUCCAGGGUCAAGUGACCCGAGCCCAGGAGGCCGAGGAGAAUUACCUGGUCAAGCGGGAGCUGGCCACGGUGAAACAGCAGAGCGAGGAGGUCAGCACACAGCUCGAGCAGGCCCAAAGCACCAUCAGAGAACUCCAACAGCAGCUGCAGCCCUCUGCGAAGGGGAACCCGCGCUACUCUGAAGAGACCCUCCUGCAGUUGGAGAGAGAGCUGGUCCAGGCUCGACUCAAAGAGGCCGAGUCUCAGUGCGCCCUCAAAGAGAUGCAGGACAAAAUCCUUGACAUGGAGAAGAGGAACAUGUCACUGCCAGAUGAGAGUAACGUGGUGCGUCUUCAGGAGGAGCUGAUUGCUGUAAAGAUAAGGGAGGCCGAGGCUCUGACAGGCCUCAAGGAGCUGAGACAGCAAGUCAGAGAUCUGGAGGAGCAUUGGCAGAAGCACUUGGCACGGACAGCUGGCCGCUGGAAGGACAGUCCACGGAAAAACUCGGCAAAUGAACUCCAGGAUGAGCUAAUGAGCGUGAGACUUCGAGAGGCAGAGGCCCAAGCUGAGCUCCGUGAGACCAGGCAGAGACUGCUGGAACUGGAGACACAGAAUCAAAUCCAUAGCAACCAGUUGCGGCGAGCUGAGCAAGAGACGCGCAGUUUGCAUGAUCGUUUGCAGAUUUUGAGCACACAGAAUAAAAUGCUCCACUCGGAGCUGCAGGAGUCCAAACGCAAGCAGGCAGAGAUUGAGUGUAAGAAUAAAGAGGAGGUGAUGGCAGUGAGAUUAAGAGAGGCCGAUAACAUGGCUGCCAUGGCUGAACUCCAGCAGCAGAUCUCUGAAUUGGAGAUUCAGAAGGAAGAAGGGAGAGUACAGGGACACCUGAACAACACGGAUUCCAACCAGUACAUCCGAGACCUCAAAGACCAGAUCGCAGAACUCAAGGAUGAGGUCCGCUGUUUAAAAGGGCAGAGGGGCUUACUCGACCGCACCAAUUUUGAUAGGAUCCACCUCGUCAAUCACUACGGAGGGGACAACGAGUCAUACCAGUCCUCGGAUGAAGACGGUGUGAAGCUACCGCUUAAAGUGACCCCCUGUCAAGGUGGCGGCCGCAUCAAACUCCACCCCCAGCUGGGAGAUACGGACAGCGAUGAAGACGGAGAGAGUCUGAGGCUUAUGGUGCCUUCCAGCAGCAGCCAUAAGAGCACCACUGUGUGACCACCGACACUAACACAUCAGACUGCAAUCUGCAGGGAAGUCGCACCUAAGAGUCCACAGUUGCAUCCAGAUCUGAAAAUGCCAUCUGCUUCUGUACAACUAGAAAUCCUGAAAUGUUCUGUACAAACCAAGAAUUAGGAUUUUUAUUCACAUCUGCCUUAUUCAUUUUGUUUUUGCCAAAAUGAGCCAGAUGUUUAUAUUGGAACUUUGCAUUUUGGCAAGAGAUUCAUUGGCUUGUUGUGCUCUUUAAAGCCAGACUGGACAGGAACAAAUACUGAAAGUCCCUAAGACUACGCAGACUCUUCUACACCACACAUCGCUCUACCAGAGAUGAAUCGACUUGUGUGGUAUAGUCUUUUAUGCAUUACGAUAAAGCGUCAUUCUUCUAAUUUUAAAAAAAAAAAUUCCUUCUUUCUUUUUCUUUCUUUUUUUAUUUUUAUUUUUUAAAAAGAGUAAUCAAAAUCCCACGGUAUGCAUUCGUGGGUGUCCGUCACGUUUAGGGGAAACACUAUUGAUCAGAUGAAAACACAAACCUGCAAACAGAAAUGGAUUAGUGUCAUAUCAACAACAAUAACAACCUUGUUUUAACCAUCGCAUGCAGUAUAUCUAAUGACCUUUGUUUUUAUGUUAAAGCAGCUUGUCAAAGAUCUCACAUCCGUGUGUAUAAUAAUAAUAAUAAUAAUAAUAAUAAUAAUAAUAAUAAUAAUAAA